AUGGACUCAAUGUACAGUAGCCCAAGCCAAAAAGCCGAUCAAUUAGUCACACAAAGACUUCGAUAUUUCCGUGGUUAUGCAAAGAUUGAACUUCAACACCUGAUAUUUGAGGAUAUGGACGUGAUAGGUUCCUGUGAGGUGGAUAGAAAGAAUGUCGAGCGACUUGUUGAAAUUUUCAAAAUCGAAGGCUGUGGUCAUCUUGAACCGGAGCAUAGGGUGGCAGCUAUCAUCGACGCACAGAUCCUAGAGGAAGCUGCAGCAUCUUCGAUGGUCACUAAUGAAAUGCUCCUCAAGGAAGUUGAUCCCCCAAGUCUGAGAUUCAGGCAGGACAUUCAAUUGUUAUGUCCGUAUGGAAAUCAUCGCCUCCUAGCUGCCAAGGUUUACGGGGAGAAGUGGUGGCUAGUUGAACUAUACCUUAAAGGAAUACCAGCGGAAGUACUGACACAGAUGCGCGAGGAGUCAACCAAUUCAAGAAGCUUCAAGGAUGGUGAUAUAUACAGAAUCUUGCGACAGUAUCAGCUCAUGGACAACCAAUCUCAAGCACGAAAAUGGUGGGCAAGAUUCGGCUCCAACGGGCGCCGCAAGGAUAUCAAUCGAUUGCUUAAAAAUCGUGCUGUAUGUGCUGGAUUUGAUUUACUGCUUCCUUUUAUCGGGCUUUGGGAUCCUUUCAAGACUUCUCAGCUUGAAAGAAUAUUAGGUCUUCGAUACCCUGAGGCAAUCUGUUGUUACCUGUCUCAAGUUCACAGUAUAUGGUCAAGCCUUUUCACCAACGACACAGCGUCUCGUGUUGACGGGCGAUCUGUGCACCAGAUCGAAGGCCUCAUGCCAACUAUAUCCCUUGGAGACCGAGCUACCAUCACGAAAACCAUCACAUCCGGUGAAUUGUUUCCACUGAUCACUGACCGAGAGGAAAGAAGGAUUCUUUGCAACCGCUUGCUUAGGGUUCCGGGGAGGAUACUUUCACUACAAACUCUUGUGGAUGAUACAUGUUACUUAGACUACCCUGCAAAGAUCCUCCGCACGCUGCUGCCUACUGGCUUCAAAGGGAGCAUUGAGACAGCGUUUUCGUCGUGUCACAGUCUGCCAACGCCGAACAGAAUGGAAAUUCAAACUUCGGAAUAUAAGUUCAAAUUAGUGGAUGCUACCCGACAUGCAGCAGCUGUUGGGCUGAUACAGCUCUGGCUAUUUGCGUUGCGGCAUUUUGUCCAUCCCGCCACUGACUCGAACUUUGGCUGGUCAGGUCCUCAGCAUAUCAUUGAGGUCCGCAGCAAAACUCGGAUGGCCUUGUUAGCAUCAAGGCUCGGAUUUACUACAGAUCAAAUUGAGGAGCUGGCAAGUAAAGACACUGAUUCUGCCACGUCCACCCAUAUACUGGAGACCAUCUGUCGGGAGGAGUUUUAUAUGCCUAAUAACAAAGAAAUACAGACAAUGACGCACCUGAUCAAGAACCUGCUCAGAAGUCUUGGGAAACAAACAAUACAGUCCCAUAAGACGCCUACCAUUGCAACCAAUGAUCCUGAUGAAUCAGGGAGGCGGAGACAGAAUCGACCAUUAGCUGGAGAGCACUACAAGGACCGGCAUUGGCUCUUUUUUGAGUAUAUAUUUGGUGGUCUGCAGCAAUCCACUGCCCAGUACCCGACAUCUUUUGCAGUUACCCGGGAUAUAAUUUUUUGUUUCUUCAGGAGGGAUGUGUUCUUGAAUCUGAUAGGUGGACAAAAUGCAAGUACAACUGAGACAGGUCAGACACUAUCUUCCUCAUCUAAUACCGAAACUCUGAGCGAUUUCAACUCUUCCCCUGUUGAGCUCCUCCCGCAUCCAUCAGGUACCCCAGAUCGUGAUCACAUGUCGGGAGCUGAACCAACCGCUCCUCUUGCUGCAGGCUUUGAGAUCGAACCAGCCCCAUUAGGAAGGCUAAAUCAUAUUACUCUGCACCGGGACGUCCGAGCCAUUCUGCACCAGUGGUACCGUUCAGCCAAUACACGUCUAAUCAUCCUUUUCCUCUUCGAGUCACGCGCGUAUUACAAGUUCCGUACUUCAGACAAUUAUGCUCUCCGUGGAACAUUGUUGGAUCUUUCCAGAGAGCACUAUUUCCUUGUUGUGGGACAUAACGGUGAAAUGCAGAGCCCAGCAAAUAUUUACGAAGAGACCUUGAAAGCACGGCUUGUUUUUGUUGGAAAGAAGGAUCACCCCACGAAUGAAGAACACGGUGCAACUAAUUCUCGAAUCACAGUUGAUAGUCUUCGAAGAUAUGCAUCUAAUUAUGAUGUCAGGACGGGAAAGAGAAAACGCCAGCAACAGGAGAGUAUAGAGGAAGUAGAGUCUGAAUAG